UUCGUCUCUCUCUUCAUCCUCGCCAGCCUUCAUCUUCCACCUGAAGCUGAUCUGGACACAAACACUAUUCUUCCUUUGAUGUCAGAGGGAGAAAGUCCUCUGCUUUUGCUCGCAUCUACCGCGGUUGUAGAGCGACUCUUCCUUUUUCGGCCAGGCCGCUUUAGGGCACGGCAGGGCGGAGAAGGAGCGACGCGGGGUUCGGUGCCGGAGCGGGUCUGCUGAGCUCUGGCAGCGGCUGCUUAAUGAAGGAAAGAGCCGCGGGCUGAUUACAGCACCGAGACAAGCUGCAGGAGGAAAUCCGAGGAGCUGAUUCUUUCUUUCAGAGUGAGCUGCACAGGAGCAUUCACCAUGUUUCUGUCCGUGUGUCUAAUAUGGACACAGCUGCUGCUCACAGAAUCAUCUUCCAAUGAGGCCUCACCUUUCCGCCACUCGGGUCGUUUCCCUCCAUCUCUGUAUGGUCAUCAGGAUGUGAACAAACUACCAGAGUCCCAGCACCACCUCCAUCAUCAUCGUCACCAUCAGCACCCUGCCAGAUUAGCCAAAGACCUACCUGAUGGUCUGUUUCCUCAGGAGCCCGCCGGCCAGCAAAGCCUUAACCUGCUGGCACGACCACAUCACGAGGUGCAGCCGGAGCAUGCCGCUAUCUCCGCACGACAUUUGGUUACUGUGUACCUGGCUGUGGAUGUGAGAAGGCUGAACGUCAGUCUUCUUCGGUGGUUUCGGGAGGGUGUAGCGGCGGCGCUGGGCGUUCCUGUGGGGCACGUCCACAUCAACCAGCUGAAUGAGAAGAAGAAUGGCAUCGAGCUGUUUGUGUCCUCCGAUAGGCUGGGGAUCUCCGAGCCCCGCCCCGCCGAGGAGGUCAUCCAAUCACUGAACGUCAGGGUGCUUCAUCGCCACCUGGGACACUUUGGCAUCACCGAGGUCUCCACUGAGAAAAACGUCCUUCAGGGCGAGCAGAGGGAUCACGUGUGGAGCAGAGAAGGCUUUUAUGCUGUCGUCCUCUUCUUCACUGUAUUCGUCAUCGUCAUCACCUGCUUGAUGGUUUUGUACCGACUGAAAGAGAAGGUGCAGGUUUCUGACAGACAGCUGAAAGCUCCACCCCCUGACCUCCAUCUAACCCCGACAGUACCUCCAGACCCCGCCCAGAGGUCAAAGGGCACCAAGGUGAUCACGUCAGGAAGCAUGGUCCAAGCUGAGCUCCUGCCUGCUGUAGCCACACCCAUUCCCCAGCAACAGCCAAUCGCAGCCUGCCAUCGCCUCGGUCCACCUGUCGUCCCUCUGCCAAGUCCCGCCCCCACACCUGUACCAAUUAUUGGUAGCAACAACCACACACCCCCACCCAGCGUGACCCCAGUUACAGCCAAUAACGAGCUGAAGCCCUGCCCCUCCCCCUUCAGGAUGAAACCAGCUGCAGGACUUCAAGAAAGACGUGGCUCUAAUGUCUCCCUGGUGUUGGACAUGUCUGCUCUCGGCGCUGUGGAGCCCCUUAACAUCGCCGUGGUAACCCCCAGGGAGGCAGCAGCCAGGGAGUACCUGCUGUCGGCCGGCCGGCCGCUCACCCGACAGCAGCUGCACGACAUCGUUAACAACACCCACAAGCUGCACGCCGAGUUCGCUGAAAUCCCAAUGAACUUCAUAGAUCCCAAGGAGCUGGAUAUUCCGAAUCAUGGGACCAAGAACAGAUAUAAGACCAUAUUGCCCAACCCUCAUUCCAGAGUGAUCCUUAAGUCAAAGAGCUCCAACGACCUGCUGAGCACCUACAUCAAUGCUAACUACAUACGGGGUUACUUGGGGGACGAUAAGGCGUACAUCGCCACUCAGGGUCCUAUGGUGAACACGGUGAAUGACUUCUGGCAAAUGGCCUGGCAAGAGGAAUCACCAGUUAUUGUCAUGAUAACCAAACUAAAGGAGAAGAACGAGAAGUGUGUUCUGUACUGGCCGGAGAAAAGAGGCAUCUACGGGAAGGUUGAAGUGUUGGUGAACAGCAUCAGAGAGUGCGAACACUACACCACUCGCAGCCUCACGCUCAAGUGUGGGAACCAAACCCGCUCUGUGCAGCAUUACUGGUACACAUCGUGGCCUGACCAUAAAACCCCGGUCUCAACACUGCCGCUGCUGCAGCUGAUGACUGACGUAGAGACGGACAGACAGGCCGCCACCACCGUGGGACCAGUCAUAGUCCACUGCAGUGCUGGGAUUGGGCGAACGGGAUGCUUCAUCGCCACGACGAUAGGCUGCCGGCAGCUACAGCUGGAAGGAGUGGUGGAUGUACUGGGCAUCACCUGCCAGCUCCGAGCCGACAGAGGAGGCAUGAUCCAGACAGGUGAGCAGUAUGAGUUUGUCCAUCAUGCCUUGAGCCUAUAUGAAGCCCGUCUAUGUGCAGAAACUGGCCAGUGAGGUUUAUCCACCUGACGAAGGUACAAGUUUAACCUGGAAGUGUGCUAAAACGGUCCUCUGCAGGUGUGAACUGUGGUUUGGGAAUUCUAAGUCUGGGAAAUUCUGGAGGAAGCCUUGGAAUUUGAUGGACAGCAUGGACAACCAAAAAGGACUGUUCUGGGAAGAAUCUGCUCAAGGAAAAAGGAAAGGCAAAUUAUUAAGAAUGGAAUGUAUCUUUUUAUCUUUUCUUUUUCAUCAAACUCUGUGGACCCGCCCACUUCACUUAACCAACCGAUUGUUGGAUCGAGUUUUAACUAACCAGACUCUCCCAUAAUGUCUCUUUUGUCAUAGAGACUUAAAAACUUCAAUUUACUGAAACUGAUGGUACAUUGUUCAAUAACACUGUUGUGUUUGUGUCUUCUAGCGUUUUCAUUAUUUUGUAAUGUGGUGUUUUUAUAAAAAUGGCUACUGAAAAAUGACUGUUAGCUGCACCAUUGGUUAAACUAUUCUAGUACUGUUGAACCAACAUUUACCUGUUUGUGACCUCAGCAUGCUGUUCAUUACUCUCUGAUUUAGUCACAGUGCACUUCCUACACUUAGGCUAAGACAAGGUUCAAAUGCUCCCUUUUUAACCUGUUAUUUAGUGGUGGGUUUUCUUUUCUUUUUUUUCAUAUUUUUUCACAAUCUCAUUGACUUAUUAAACUAUUGCACAUCAAACUUCUCAGAGAUGCCAAACGCACAAACUAGAUUGACAUCAAUAGGGCUAAUGCUAGGUUCAGAUACAUUAACAACUGACAUUGGUAGUUAUGUAAGCUAAUGGAUAGACGGCUAACAAAUAAAUUCUUUUAUCAACGGUUGCCCAUGGGGCAACAGCAACUUUUACAUUUUUGUUUCUGUAAGUUUCCCAGCUUUUGCUGAGGUCCCAAAUGGGGCUACCUUUAGCAACAUGCUAAAAGCUAACAAAGCAGAUUGAUGCUAAUCUUCCGCUAAGCUAUAGUUCUUGUAGUACAGCAAAGCAAUUAGUGGCUAAUUAUAGCUCCAGUAGUUUUAUUGCUUUAAUGUUGAUAAAUAUAUACUAACCACUUAACUCAUGCUAUAACUAGUAGUGCAUUAUCCUAAUACAGUAUUUUUGUUAAACCAAUUAAAUCUAAUAUUCUGCUGCUAAGCCAAGCUUGUAUAGUGAUGUUAACAGUUGUUUAUGUAAUAUUCUUCAAGUACAGCUCCUGAGAAGUUCUGGCAGCAAUGCCAAGUCUAGGUAAUAUGGUAGCUGUAACUUACAAUGCUAAAGAAAUAAUUAUUUUUCUUAAUCACCUUUAUGUUAACACUUAGAAAGACCAAUGAAUAAUACAUUAAAUAAAUAAAUAAACAAAUGAAAAUACAUAGGGAAAUGAAAAAUGGUGGCUUACAAGGUAUCUCACAAGAAGUGUUUUUAAUUGUUAAACUAAAAGUCAAAACUCAUAUAUUUGAUCUAUAAUUAAACCAGGUUGUAAUUGCUGAAGAGCACAGGGAGUGUAAAAAAAACAAAAAAACAUAUUUUAGCUUUGGCCCAGAAAUCCCCCCACUAUCCCCCCAGCAGUUUGCACCCUGCCUAAUUGAAGGGGAUUUGAUAUAGCUACUUCAAGCUCUAUAUUUUUAUUUAAGGUCUUUGGUAGCUUCGCAUGAUUCAUAGUUCAAAUGAACACAGAAGACUGUAGCAAAGGACAACAGAGGUCUUCUCUAAAAUGAGUGUUGCCAUUUUAGUUUGGCUUUCUAAUCCAGGGUCAAAAAAUACAAGCCAUUCCUGAUGCCACAAAUACGAAAUUAGUGCUGCUCGGUCUCAGAGUUUACACUCCAUCUAGUUCACCUUGUCUAGCAUUGACAUGUUCCCUGUUGUGUGAUAUAUUGCUUUAUACCAAAAAUGUGAAAUAUGGUGCAGUCAUCACAUCGAUGUGCUGUUGUAAAUUAUGUUAUCUAGUGAGUAUGUUAUUUUGGUGUAUCAAAGUAAUAAUAACUUUAUUUUUAUACAGUUUUUACAUGUUUUUGAUGUCUUUAGCAGUCCUCUGUCAACUGUAGCCAUUUGGGCUACAUAUCUCAUUAUCAUUAAAUGUUCGACAUGAAUUAAAAAUUGGCUUUUGGUCUGUUGGAGACAGAAAAUCCAAGCUUGACACAACCUCAAACCUUAGUUUUGUUUAAGCCUCUCUCUCAGUGUUGGAGCAGUAAUUUUUAAAUUUCCUUAAACCAAAUUACAGCUAAAGAGAUAAAGAAAAAGUAUCGACUUAUAUUUGUCAGCAAAUUAUUUUUUAAAGAACCAAUAGACUAACUACAUAUUUUUUUUUGAACAAAAUGUGAAACAAAAAUAACAAUAUUGAGACAUCUAUUUCAGUUUUCUGUUAGAGAUCAGAGGUUUCAACACUAAUGUCAGUAAUGAAGAACACUGGCAUUAUCAUCUAAUAUUCUCUCUGUGUGAAUGGGAAAACCAUGUACAGUACAUGUUAAAGUGCUAUUAAACCCAAUGUGGGCAGUUAUCUUUUCAAAGUAUACAUCACAAAAACACAAAUCUCGCUGCUAUAACUGGGAGCAUUGGGAUCAGACCGUUAAGGGGAAAUAAACAAGAGGAACUUUAAAGACUUUUUCUAUGUAACAAUAUAUUUUUAUUUACUUCUUUACUUAUGAUACAAUCAUGGGACUUCGGACCAGAGUCUCUUUGUCUGCACGUCCAACGUGCCUCCUGGGACCAUCAUCAACCCGCUGUUCACUUCAGCAAAUUCAGGAACUGGAUGACGAAUCCGGAUAUUUCAGUAGUGAUACAAUUUUCUCUGUUUGAACUGACUGAAGUGAAAGUGGGUUCAGCCCAGCCUCCAUGCCCUCUACAGCAGCGGGCACAACAACACACACUGCCUCUGACGUAGUAUUGUGUACAGUAGGAUGUGGUUCAUGUUCUGUACUUGUAUUGUUGUUGACUGUUGAUGGAGCUUAAAGGGACCCUAAAUAUUUAAAGAAUUAUCAUACUGUAAUCACAUCGUAUUGAAAACAAUCUAGAGUGCAUUUCAUUUUUUGACAUGAAAUUUACAGCUUCCAGGCUCUUAGUGUUUAUUGUAGGAAUUCAACUUUGUGCUGAAAAUCUUUAAAUUUACUUUUUUUUUUUUUUUUUUUUUUUAACUCAGAUACUAAUGUAUAGCCAUUUAGAGAAUGUUCUUCUUUCACUUCAUUAGAAACUACUGCAAGCUUAAAUUUUAAUUUCUUGACUCAGAAUGAAUACAGAAACUACAGAGUGAAGUUUGCAAAAGUCAUCGGCACUGGAUGAUUAUUCUGGCUCAUUCCAGGAAAUCAACAAUAGAAACUAUGAGCAUGUGGACCAAACAAAACUAAAACUUCCAAUCAUUUAAAAGUGCUAAGGUGUGUAUUUACAAUCUUAUACAGGAGUAUAGCAUUGUCUUGUACUUUGAAAUUUUAAACUUAAUAUAAAGCUAAAUCUUAAACACCUGAAAAGCUGUUUACCAUUUUCACAUGCAUAGUUAACUAUGUUGGCACAGAGACUAUUUUUGAAUCACUUUCAGCACAUUAAAAAUUAAGGUGGAUGCUUCUCAUCCAGCAUUGACAGCUGAGGUAAACAGUAGACAAACAGAUUACACAAUAGGGAAACUCUCCAAGCUGGAUCCAGUCCAGAGUCACUUUGUUAUCAGAGUACACUCUCUGCAGAUCAAUAGUGGCAAGAGUUUUUGAGGUGCUUCUGGGGUAAAAAUGAAAAAUACUGCAAAAUAUUUAAGUGACCAUAUCCAUUUGUAUUUAAUGUCUAUUAUUCAAUUAUUGAAAUAUAGUGUAUCCAAAAAGUAUUUUUACACAAACAGUUUUUGAAACAUGCCAGCUGCCCGCAGGUAUUAUGGGUUACAGUCUAAAUUUAAUCUGUUUAAACUCUUUUGGCUGACUAAAACUUGUUUGCCUUUUAACAGUCACUGUAGCUAAGAUUUUGCACUUGAUUGGUAGAGGUAAGAAAGCAGAACUCAGUGAACUGCUAUCUGCAGUCUAGUGGUGGAAAUUGUACACACUAUAACUUUAAAGUUUUAAAUCUUUCACUAGCCUUAUGUACGGAUCUGUUCUUUAGUGUAGAUCAGUGGUCCCCAACCUUUUUGCACCACGGACCGGUUUAUGUCUGACAAUAUUUUGACAGACCGGCCUUUAAGGUGUCGCCGAUAAAUGCAACAAAAUAAAACCAGUACCGGUACCAAAAAUAAAAAGAUUUAUUCAUAACACGCGUGAAAAGACCCAGGGAAACAGAGUUAAUGAUAAAAAAAUAACGAUAAAAAACGAUUUAAAAACGCUGAAAACCAUAAAUUACACACCCGAGCCUCAACUCUCGCGGCCCAGUACCAAACGACUCAUGGACCGCUCCCAGUCCAUGGCCCGGGGGUUGAGGACUGGCUGGUGUAGAUUAUACCUAAUUAAAAAAACUAGUCAUUUGCAAACAUUACCCUACUGAGGAAUUUUAGCUAAUGAAUAGUUUCUAGCCCAGUGGUUCAAAGCUGUUUUAAUUUAAAUCUUCGGUCUCUCUUGCACAUUGAUUCAUGUGGUAUUAACUUCUUUUCAUGAAUACAUGCAUUGGAAUACUACUUUCUUAAGCUUUACCAAUUCUGCUAUGAGUUGUACAUGUGCAUUUACUCAAAGAUCAUUUUUGAUUGUACAGUUAAAAAAAUAUAUAUAAAUAACAUUAAGGUCCCUUUAAACUUCUUUUGUGUGGGCAUUACAGAUCAGUCAGAGUACACUUGAUACUAAUUAGUGUAUGUACGGUCUAACUAUUAUACCUAUGAAACAUGGCUUUUUAAUGUAUUACUAACCAGCUUGAAUGUUGUAAUGGUUCAGAACAUUAGCCACUGAGUAGUGCUGUAACCUUGUUAUCUACUCUAUCUACAUAUAUAUAUCUAUAUUGUUACCUGUAACCUGAGGAUUAAAAACACUG